AUGUCCAGGCAAUGGCGGGCUACUCAAGUGGUCUUCACGGGCUACCUGGUCCCCGCGGGCACCAUGUUGGUGACCCCUGGCCAACACUUGCCAAUUUUCUUCUCCUUGGCCAAGAUACAAAGCCAUGACUCCUCGGCUCUACUGCAAGCCCACAGAGGGACAGAUCUCGAGGACAGACAGGCGAUUUACAGAUGGCUGACUUGGGCUCUGGGCAUACUGCGAUAUAUCUACGCACAAACAGAAAACGAUCUACUGCAGGAUGUCCGCUUUGACAACGGGAAGAGGAGUGACUUUGAGCAUGCUUUACAUUCAGCCUGUUAAGAGUUGUUGAAGAAACUUGCCAUAAACUUUGGGAAAACCUGGGAUGACCUGGAACGGAUCUCUUGGGAGUUGCAAAGCCCGUUACACGACGAUUGGAUGCAGUGGAAGGAAGACUGCUUCUUUGGUUACGGAUGUUUGAAUGGCUUCAACCCGAGAAUGAUCCGAACGUGUAAAACCACAGAAGGGAAUUUCCCGGUCACGGCUUUCACGGCGCAGAACUCAUUUCCUAAAGGAUCCAAUCGGGAUAAAGAACCCCAGGUCGGGAAUGUCUUUUCGUUAGAAGACACCAUCAUGGACUGGAUUCCUACUAAUGCAAUCAAGGGUCAACUGCAAAACAUCACGGGUCCCCUUUGCCUCCUCAACCAACAUCCAGACGGAGUGCCUCUGCCUGUUGUCAAUAAGACAGGAAGCAAAUUCCAGGUGCUUUCCCACAUGUUGGUGGAAGUGUUCUACGUGGCUACACUUAAGCCUUCAAUACAUCCUGUUUAUGAACGCUACACACAGUAGAUCAACUGUAGGGGGCACACUCGGCUCAUCUCUGCAGAUGGCAUCUUCAAACGGGUGAGCCCAUAUUUGCGGGAUGUUUGUAGGGUGUCUACAGGUGCUGAAGGUCUGCUCAUUCUGGCUAGAAAGUAAAGCGAUCUCACCUACCGCUCACUCCACCACUACCUGGAUUUCAUUGAUCGUGGGGUCUCUCAGCUGCCAAAGUAUUUCUACCAAGCCUGAUGCUGUGAGAAGCCAUACACAGAUACACAACGUGCUCAUUCAAACGUCCUCAUCAGUUUUGUCUCAGGGAUGAUGAGUUUGUACUACUAGUCAGACAAAGAUGUCCAUCAGGACGCUGAGCUCCAACCUUGGAUUAGAGACGUAACACAAGAGGGUUUGGCAGAGCUCCCCGAUUUUGGUCAGUUAUCCACUUCUGUCACACACACACACCCAUACACGAUCACACGCAGAUGCUCUUGGGACUGGUAGUCGCUCAGACGACAAAUCGCCACGAAUCACAACAGCAGGCUGCGCU